UGCUCAAUCUAUGGUGCGGAUAGAAACUGAAGGGAAACGAAGAUUGAAGCGCCCGAAUACACGUUUCCAUGACUAUCUUUGGGGAUAAAGAGCACAUGAGGGAGUUGGGGGAAAGGGAGAAAAAAGAAGAGAGAAGAGGCCUAUCUUAGUGGAGACAGGAGAAGGAAUUCGGUGGUGAUUUACUGCCGGGAGCAAAGCAAGCAAGACUUGAUGCAGGAGCAGAACAAACAAGACCAAGUGUUGAGCACUUGGACAUUGAAGAAUUUUCAAAAGAACACCCAGUCUUUGGUGAAACUCUUCGUGAAAACUGUAGCAACUGCGUUGACCAUAAGAUGCAUGUAACCUAUGGUUGGAAAGCUAAUGAAGUCUAGUUUCCAAUGCAACAAAUUUCAUAUCAAUUGGAGUUUCCUAGAGGAAGUUAUGGCUGCUAGACUGAAGACAUAUCAGGUUGACUGGUUUCAGUAAAACUCAUUUUCUGUCUUUUCUGCAGCUUCUCUUUUAGCUUUAAUUAUCUCUUAAGUGUUUGUUAGUUUAAUAACUUUGUUUAUAUGUAAGUUUUCCUAUUCUUGGAGGGUUGUUCCAAGAGUUAUAUACUUGAAGUGGCUGCCAAAGGGGGGGACAGCUAGUGUGUGGCUGGAGAGUUGGAGGCUGUGCCUCAUUUUCUUGGUUCUUUCCUUUGAGCUUUUGCAGGCCAUUGAGGAGAACUUCAUCAACUCUGUAUCUUUUUGGGCUAAUCCAGAGAGUGGUGAGUGGUCAGGUCCUGUAUCCGAUCGUGGACUUCGUUCGGUGAUGGAUCUCAUCCCUUUCUCAUCCGUUUUUGUUGCAUUAUCCCCGCAUCAGGUGGUACCAGAGCCUAGGUUCGGAUGGCUGAUCGUCGUCGCCGUAUACCUAAUGUUGAUGCAGCCCAAGCCCGUGAAAGGAGUGUCCAUGAUGUUGAAGUGGCAGAUCUGAGAAGACAAGUGCAGCAGCUUCAAGAACAACUCCAAAGACUGCAACCUAUGGAAAGAGAUCAACAACCACAAGAUGAUGUAGAUGUAGAUCAAGAAAGUAGUGGCAGUGAAGACCAGAAUCCCUUCUACUCUUCUUCUAGUUCUAGAGAAGGCAGCGGCCCUAGCAAUCGCCACCAAACACGUGCAGUCCGUAGGCAGGAGUUUGACAUCAAGGUUGAUAUUCCAGAAUUUGAAGGAAGAAUGCAGCCUGACGAGUUCGUCGAUUGGCUUCACACUGUUGAGAGAGUAUUUGAUUUUAAAGAUGUAUGUGAUGAUAGAAAGGUAAAGCUUGCUACUUUAAAAUUAAGAAAAUAUGCUGGAUUAUGGUGGGAAAAUUUGAAGAGGCAAAGAGUUCGAGAAGGAAGACACCCUAUUCGUUCUUGGGAGAAGAUGAAAAGGGAACUAAAGAGAAGAUUUUUGCCGGAAAGCUAUCGACAAGAUUCCUAUCUCAAGCUUCAUAAUUUCAAACAGAAUGAUCUAUCUGUUGAAGAGUAUACUGCUGAAUUUGAUUAUUUGAUGAUCAAAUGUGAUGUGGUAGAGCCUCAAGAGCAAACUAUUGCUAGGUUUCUUGGAGGAUUGAGGACUGAAGUAGGCAAUAUGGUGCAGCUGCAGCCAUAUUGGACUUAUUCAGAUGUUUGUAAGCUUGCUAUGAGGAUUGAACGACAACUAAAAGAAGCUCGGGGAAGUGGUUUUCGUUCUGUAAGCAAGGGAAGUUCUUUUAACCAAGGGAGUUCCUCAAACUCUAGGCCUUCUAAAACUGUAAAACCUUUUACCUCAAGGUCAUUCAACAAAGGUGAAAGCUCUAAACAACAAGCCCCUCCUAAUACAAGUGCAAGAAAGUGUUUCAAGUGCCAAGGGUAUGGUCAUAUUGCAGCAGAUUGCCCAAAUCGGAAGAUAAUUUCUCUUGUCGAAGAAGAAAUUGAGGAAGGGUCCGAUGAAGAUGAGGUUGAAUGUUCUCAAAUGGAAGAGGUAGUUCGUGCGAGAUGA